AUGGGCCGCCGAUUAACGUGGCUGCCGACGCUGCUUCUGCUGCGCUUUGCGGCCUUUGCCGACGAUCGGUGUCUGAUGAACGUUUCCCAACCGGCGCCCGAAAACGCUUACCAGGUGAACGACAUACUGUGGGCCGGACAACCGGAAAAACCGUACCCGCCGGCUGCGUACCGUUCGGUGCAGGGCGUCAGUUACGUCCUUUGCACGUGCGAAACGAGAGCGUGUAUCCGCAAGUGCUGUGAGCCGAACGCUGCGUACGUGAAUUCGAAAUGCACGCCACUGAACGCGUCGGACCAUGUCGCCGAAUUCAAGGUUCCAAAAUUUGUGAAUGAGCACGGGACGGUUGAUGUAUAUGAGACGGGCCUGUUUCACAUAGUCUAUGGAAGACUGACAUGUAAUGGAAAAUACAAAUUGAAUCCGUCAAAAGAUAAAAGUCAUAAUUUCCAAGUAAAUAAUGCGGGAUUCUUACUAAGUGAAUCGGCAAAUGUUGGACCGGAUCAAUUUUGUUUGGAGCAAUUUUCGGAAUUAAAUUAUCAAAUUUUAGCAGUUGUUUGUUCUCCGAAACAAUUGGCAAGUCAAACAGAUGAAAAAAAUUUAUUUAAUACCAUCGGCAUGAUGCUAUCACUGCCAUUUUUGUUUUCAACGUUUCUUGUUUAUGCGCUUAUCAAAGACUUACAGACUUUGCAUGGGAAAUCUUUAAUGUGUCAUGUAGCAACGCUAUUGGUGGCCUACAUCAGUCUAAUAGUUGUUCAAUUCAUAACUGAUAAUGCUGAUAAAACAUGGUGCAUUUUUUUAGCGUAUACCCUUCAAUUCACGUUUUUGGCAAGUUUUUUCUGGCUUAAUAUUAUGUGUUUUGAUCUAUGGUGGACUUUCAGUGGAUUUAGACCUUUAAGAGGAAAUACACAAGAAAAUGAAGCAAACAAGUUUAUUAUCUAUUCAAUUUAUGCGUGGGGAUGUACCUCAUUAAUUUCAAUAAUAACAUUUGGUAUGGAUAAAUUGCAAUAUUUACUAACUGAUAACAUUCGUCCAAGAUUCGGAAUUAAUAGUUGUUGGUUUGGUUCAGAUUUAGCCAUGCUGUUAUAUUUUUAUGGUCCUAUCGGUACUUUAUUAUUUAGUAAUCUAUUGAUGUUUAUACACACGGCAAUAGUGAUUGUCAAACAUAAGAGUGAUGCUAAAGUACUGAGAGGAUCUGAAAGCCAAAAAAAUGUGGAUCAUGAAAAACAAAGAUUCAUGUUGUAUUUGAAAUUAUUCAUCGUCAUGGGUGUCAGUUGGUUAGCAGAAAUUUUAUCAUGGACAACAAAUUCAGGUGGUUCUAAAUUUGUGUGGUACGUCAUAGACAUUGGAAAUUCUUUGCAAGGAGUGUUGAUUUUUCUAAUUUUUGUAUGUAAAAAACGUGUAUUAAAUUUAUUAAAUAAGAAACUGUGUCCACAAUUCCAACUUUUUAAGACAUCUACCAAAACCGUCCCAUCUAAGACUAGCUCUAAUGUAAAAAAUAAAGAUGCAGUUGAAAUGUCCACUGAAAGCACAAGCAAUUCAACCAAUAAUCAAUUACAUGAAUUUUAAGUUAAAUGAUUGUGUAAUAAAAAUAAAAUAGUUUUUAUUAAAUUUCCUUAUACUAAACUU